UCUCCCACCUUCACGCACAGGAUACUUGAGCUCAUCACCACAAGCCUGUCGUCCCCCCAGCGUCGCAGUCCAACGAGCCCACGCCAGAUCCUUGCCGUCCGUCCAGUCCCACACCGGCCAUCUCUCCAUCAAGCCUCCUUCCUCUAUUUGGAUUCCUCUCCGCCCCAUCUCAGAUGGAUUCCCAAGUACAAGGAGAUGUGUCAUUCAUAGAUCUUUUACAAGGAGAUGCUGAAAUGGACAACUCAUUUUUGGAUGAAUCUCAACAAGCUUCAAUGUCCAUUGAUCACUCUCAACCCCAAGUUGUUACAGCUCGCACUAAGAAACCACAACGGGGUACCAACUUCUCUACGGAGGAAGACAAGCUAUUGGUAUCGUCGUGGCUAAAUGUUGGCAUGGAUGCAGUGCAAGGGGCUGAUCAAAAACAUCGCCAAUUUUGGGAAAGAGUUCACAAAUAUUUCCAUGAACAUAAGGAGUUCCCUUCUGACCGAAAUUAUGGCUCCCUAAUGAAUAGGUGGUCAACUAUUCAAAAAUCAGUUACUAAGUUUACUGCGUGCCUAUCUCAGAUUGAACAUCUCAACCAAAGUGGUACUACUGAGCAUGACAAGAUUCAAAAGGCAAAGUGUGUGUUUCGCUCAGAGAAUAAUGAUGUAGCUUUUCCAUUUGAACAUUGUUGGAAUUUAUUAAAGGGGGAACAGAAGUGGUUGCACCAUGGGAACAAGGACAAACGAAGAAGAAGAUCAUCUAUGGAAACAUCUGCUAAUGUCACUCAUACUCCAGAUUCGAUAAAUGAAGGUGAGGGGGACAAUGUGUCGCAUGGUAACAAUGUAGACUUUGAGAGACCAAUUGGCAGAAAAGCCGAAAAGGCAAACAGAAAGAGGAAAGAGCGUCCCUCCGAAGAUGUUGUGGAAUUCAUGAAGAAAAAAACAGAAUGUCUUGAGGAAGCGCGUGUUCAAGGAGAAGAGAUAAUUCGCUUGGAAAAAGAAAAACUUCAAUUGGAACAAAAGGAUCGUGAGAAGAUAAUGGAUAUUGAAUUGAAAAAACUUCAUUUGCAAGAGUUUGAGUUGCAACAGAAAAUGGAUAUGGAAAGGCAAAAGCUUCAAGCGGAACAAAUGGAUCGCGAGAAGAUAAUGGAUUUUGAAAGGAAAAGGCUUCAUUUGCAAGGCUUGGAGCGGGAAGAGAAGAUGGAUAUUGAAAGGAAAAAGCUUCAAUCGGAACAAUUGGAUCGCGAAGAGAGAACAAUGAUUCUUGAUACAAGCAAGAUGACCGAAGUACAACAACAAUAUUGGAAGGCACGCCAAAAUGAAAUUAAAGAGUGUCAAGAAUCAAGAAAGUCGACAUGAUUUGCUCUUGUACUCUCUUUGUUGUGUUGUAAUUCUCUUAUUGCGCUUUAAUGUUCAGUCCCUGUAUGCACACUUCGUCCUGUGUAGUUUCUGGUUUUAACACUCUGAUCUUAACAAUCUGUUUCUUACUUUCCUUGUGUGAACUGCAA